CAUUGGCCAAUUAGCAACAACCCGUGUCACCGUCGCCGCAUCGGUAUUAUCCUACAAGGCGGCAGAGCUUCUCGAUCUCAGCUCUCCCCGGGCAACAAAACCCCAGAAGCUUCAAAAUUUAGGAUAGCAAAUUUCUCGUAGCCGUCUUUCAUCAGGGAUCUUCUUCAUAGUCGUGGGAUUAAGCGAAGCCGAAGAACGAUGAGAUCUUUGUGGUUGCUCCUUGUUGUUGUAGGCGCUGUUUCCAGCUGCGUUUUAGCUGACCAGAUCCUCCCAGCUCACGUAGGUGGUUCGUUCAGCCGCAGCUCUCGCGAACCCAAGUACAAGAUGGAGUUCCAUCCUGAAGAAGCCCCCUUUCAUCCUGAUGAGGAUCAAGAAUUUGUUGUUAUGCCUGAUACAAAUGGGCGCAGUUAUGUAUGUUACUUGCCUAAGAUAGAGAAAGCCAAGAGUGGGAAGCCAAUCAAUCAGGUUAACAUAAGCAGCAUGAUCGUGGAAACUGAGAAACGGCUUAAAUUGAAGACUCCGGAUGAGCUACUUGAAGUGUUCAAAGGCAAAUGUCUUGUCAGAGUUAGUAUUUGCUUUCCCAGUUCCAACGAAACGUCAUUUUGCAUUUCUUGUAUGCUUUGCUCCUGAUACUGUGCCAUACUUGCAGCAAGAGGGUUGGUGGACUUAUGAACUCUGCCACGAGCAAAAGUUAAGGCAGUUUCAUGUGGAAGAUGAGAAGGUGGUUCAGGAAUUUGUUCUGGGUGUUUAUGAUGAAGAGGCCACAGCUGCAUUCAACCAGAACUUAAAAGACGUUUCUACCUUGAAGGAUCCUCGGUCGAAAGAUGCAUCUCAAAGGUAUCAUGCUCAUCAAUAUACAAAUGGAACUCUCUGUGACCUCACCAAUCAGCCACGAGAAACUGAAGUGAGAUUUGUAUGUUCCGAGCCAAGAGCUAUGAUUAGUUCUAUCACAGAGCUAUCCACUUGCAAGUACGCCCUGACAGUACAAUCUCCGAUGCUUUGCAAGCAUCCACUGUUCCAAGAAGAGAGACCAGUGUGGCACACCAUCAACUGCAAUGCCCUGCCGAAGACUUACAAGGAAAGCAAAGUCGAGAAAGAGUCAACCGAUGAGGAUAAACAAAUCUUCAUGGUCACGGAGGUUGAGAGUCCAACCAAUGAGCAGUCCUAGGAGUGAAUUGAACACAUGGAGGAGGGGGCUUUUCUAGUUUGAACUCACACUCACGUCACAGCUCACUUGCAGCCUCUCUUCCUUGACGUCGUCCAAGUUAAGGGUGGCAAUUGACGUAGUUAAGUGCAUGUAAAUCAUAGAAGAUGAAUCUAUGCUCAGAUAACGGGAUCUUGUAAAUGAAUAGAUUAAAGAGAAGUUCCUUCGCUACAAACUUCACUUUUGGAUUCUGGUGAGUUGGAAAAGUUGGGUCUGAAACUUGCUUUCUAAGGCUUUUCUUUCUUCUUCUUCAGGGUUGUGGAGCCAGUUAAUCAAUGAUCAUUGAGAGAAACUAUAUGAAAGAUAUUGAGUUUAACAGUUAGCACUCCUUUGCUAUUCCCAGUC